CGACAACGGUAACACCACCAACUCACGACUAUGAGCGGCCUCGACAGCGACCUCCUCGGCGGAACCGGCGGUGACGACUUCGACUUCGACAAAGCUGCUUCCCAAUUCCCUGAUAUCUCGCUCGACGGCGAGGGUGACGUCCCCGCACUGCCCUCUGGCGUUGGUGUCCACGGCGGCGACUUCGACUUUGACGAUUUCGACGCGCCGCCGAAAGAGACCGUGACGGAUGUUAAGAUAACAGGCGACGAUGAGAUCGAGAAGUUUGAGGACCAGUUCCCCGAGCUGGAUGUACCUCUUCAAUCUCCCCCUCCCUCCGCCUCUACUGCCCCAUCCUUUGGCGCUUCCUUUGGCACAUCGACGCCGUUUGCACCUCGUCCUCAGCCAUCCGCGUUCUCGUCCACGCCUAUCCUCAACCAGCCGAUCGAAGAGGAAGAGCCGCAGGUCAUCAAGGAUUGGCGUGAAAGGCAAGCGGAAGAGAUCAAGGCUCGCGACGAAGCGAGCAAUGCAAAGCGCCAGGAGACCAUCUCCAAGGCCGAGCGCGCCAUCGACCAGUUCUACGAAGAGUACACCGCCAAGAAAGAGCGCACGAUCCGCCAAAACAAAGACGAAGAGGCGGAUUACGUCGACUCGCUCACUUCGAAGCUGUCUAAGGGCACGACAUGGGAGCGUAUCGCCGAGCUCAUCGAGCUCCAAAACUCGCAGAGCAAGACGCUCGCCCGCACUGGUGCUGGCACGACCGACCUCACGCGGUUCAAGGAGGUCCUGCUCCGGCUCAGGCGCGAGGGCGAUGCCGCGCCGGGCGCUGCGGGAUACUAGAUGUAACAUGCCUAACUUAUCCAUACCACCUUGCUUCUUCCUCCACCUUAAUUCACCUUUUUUCUUGGCUAGGAGCGAUGCGACAUAGCCUAUGUUAUCUCACUUUCCGCAUUUUCUGCUGAAAACGACACGAUCGCCUGUGCAGGGGCAGAGUAAGAAAAUAGUAACGUUCCCAUUACUCGUUGUGGAAUUCAUAAACCAGCAUGCGGCCC